ACACCUGCUAUUAUUUUCAAGUGCAUCAAAACAUUCGUUUUUGAUGCAGUUCAGGAAUUAUUUUCCGAGCGUGCUAUUAUUUUAUGGCCGGAGUGGAAUCCUUUAGAAUGCCGGCGAAUCGCUUUACACCUGAGAUGAUGGAUUUGGAAGCAUUGACCUCAUCUACGGAGGGGUCGCCCCCUGAGCCUACCUAUGGCCCUAUAAUUGCGGAGGCUAGGAAGAUGGAAUUAAUCGAAUCGAACGAUGAUUCAAUCACAAGGAGUCUCCUAGCAGGAGGUGCUGUGGGACUCUUACUGCUGCUUCCCUUGCUUUUUACAUUGUACUGGUUCAGAAGGAGAUCGGUCGCUGGGCCCUAUGAAGAUAUUCCAGAAGGAGGUUUCGCCCGCAAAAGAGCCUCUAGAUGUUCGCAAGCUUCCAUAUAUAGUUGCAACAGUCAACGUCCCAUUGAUUUUAUUCUCCCUAGUAUACCCCCAGGCUUAGUGAGUCCUGCUUCAGUGUCACCUUCCAGCGAAUGUUCAGAUAAGCCAUUGUGGGCAAGACUUGCUAUGAUCGAUACAGGUCCAGCAUUAUUGGGUGGUUUAAAUCCUGAGCUCUAUCGCAUCAGCGUGGAGAAGAGGGAUGAUGAACAGAGAGAAGCUGAAUCUUUCCCUGAAGGUCACGUGGGAAGAUUGUGGCUCGGUCUCCAGUAUGAACCGGACGGAGAGCGUCUGCUCAUUUCCGUGAUCCGUGCGAGAAACCUACCCUCCAGAGUUUAUGGUUGCAAUAACUGCUGCGAUCCUUUCGUAAGGGUGUAUGUCUUGCCCGAUGAAAGAAGGUAUGUUCAAACGAAAAUGAAGAAAAAGACCUGCAACCCUAAAUUUGAAGAGAGUUUUGUUUUUCAAAUUCCUGCAAAGAAUUUGGAAGAACGUACCAUAAAAGCAACAAUUUUAGACAGCGACCGGGGUCGUCACUAUCACACGAUUGGGCACGCUUUCUUCUCUCUAAAAGAUCUUAAUACCCAGAGUUCAUCUCCAGAAAUAAUGUGGCAGGAUCUUGCAAAAGACCCAAAUGCAGUGGUUCCAUGUUGUGCAGGUGAAAUGCUGGUUAGUUUGUGCUACAAUGCACAUCUUGAAAGACUUACAGUUACCAUCUGUGAGGCUAAAGGCAUUGAAAUACCUGAUGGACAGGAAACACUCGAUUCCUACGUUAAGUUAACUUUUCUGGUGGAAAAUCGUGUGUUGAAGACAAAAAAGACCCAAGCUGUAAAGAAAUCCAAGAGCAAUCCGCAAUACAACGAGUCUUUCCACUUCAGACUUCCUCAGAGAGACCUAGACUCGGCGAGUCUUAUCGUUCAAGUCAAUGUGGCUGGUGGCCCCAAUAAAGAUAAAGUCUUAGGCCGGCUAGUCUUUGGCUCGUAUAUGUUCGUCCGGGGAAAACCAUUGGAGCAUUGGAACGAAGCAAUAUCAGCUGGCCACAAGCAGAUAAGGCACUGGCAAAAGCUUACCAUUGGAUGAACCAUACAACGUAAUGAAAAUCAAAGAAAAGUCAAACUUUAGCAAAGCACCUACCUGUCUUAGUGAUAUUUUAAGUCAGUUCGUAGUUUAAAAACUCCCUCCAAUCGUUUUUCUCAGUUUGAGUAAAAUUUUGGUUUUUUCUUUAAUUUUCAAGAAUGAAUUUUGUUGA